AUGUCAACAACGAAAGAAGCCCGCCGGCUUGAUUCAGCUCAGCAAACGCUUGAUAUCCUGUACGAUAUCUCGCAGCUGUUGAACACGCAACUGGACAAAGACACGCUCGCGACGUGCAUCGGCAUGAUUGAGAGUGGCGUUAAUCCAGAGGCCUUGGCAGCUGUGAUCCAAGAGCUCCGGCGCGAGAGCAGCUCGCUGAACCAGACAAAUAAUCGACAGGCACGGCAGUGA